AUGUCUACUUCCGGGGGCGUUUCGAAAAUCUCCAAAUCUACAACCAGCCAUAAAAAAGGUACUAGUUGGAUGGCUGGUGUUUUUCGUUUCUGUACAACUUGCGUGCCUACUUCAAGUUCAUCAAAAAAACCAGUUCAGAUUGCACAACCUAUAAAUACAAUCCAUCCGACGCGUAAAUCAUUUGGUCGAUAUGAAAUUAUCGGGAAUUUAUUAGAACAAUUUUUAAAAGGAAAAUUACAACAUAAUUUUAAAUUUACUGAAUUACCAGAUGGUUAUUUUCUAAUUGAUGAAAUUAUUCAAUUACCUGAAUUUAAAAAUGAACAUUGUACAUAUGAUGAAAUAAUUGAUAUUGUACAUAUGGAUUCAUUAUUACGAUUUAGUGUAAGAGGAUCAAAAGUUCGUUUGAAACCACCGGAAUUAAAUAAAGAUCCUGAUGUAAUUUUAUCAAAAAAAUUAGCUUGGAUUCUACGUCAUGGAGCAGAGAAUGUUGGUAUGCAAUAUCAACCUGGUGGUUACCUUUAUGUCGAUAAAAUACUUCAAUUGAAACCAUUUCAAGGAGUUAAACUUGAAGAUAUUUCACGUGUUGUCAAUUCAAAUGAUAAAAAACGCUAUGAACUAUCAACAGAUCCAGAAAAUGGUCGAUUAAGAAUAAGAGCUUAUCAAGGUCAUACUGUUACAAUUGAAGGAUUAGAUAUUAAAUUAAUUGAAAACCCAGAAGACUACCCGACUGUAAUUCAUGGUACCUAUUUUCGUAAUUGGGAUUCUAUACGUAAAGAAGGUUUGAAACGUAUGCAACGUACUCAUAUACAUUUUGCACCAGGGGAAGUUGGUGAAACUGGUGUAAUUAGUGGAAUGCGUUCAAGUGCUGAAAUCAUUAUUUACAUUGAUUUAAUGAAAGCUAUGAAGGAUGGUUAUAAAUUUUAUUUAUCAAAAAAUAAUGUUAUAUUAUGUGAAGGCAAUAAAGAUGGUUGUUUACCGACAAAAUAUUUUUAUGCAGCAUAUCAACGAAAUCCACGUAGCCCAUAUUUACUACAAAAUGGAGAGGGGGGACUAGUCUGA